UCUUUUAAAAAGAAUUUCACACGAUAUUAAUCAAUCAAUCAGUUUAAUCACUUUAAUGUACAGUACUGUAUGGUGUCUGUCUGCACAUUUUAGGAUAGACUGUUGAUCUUUUGAAUGCGUAAGUCAUCAUCACUGCCUUCUGGUUUAUUAAUAAGUAGUGCAAAAGACGGCAUCAGCUCACGUGUGCUUGAUCUGAUUUUUAAUAUUGCGGAAUCGACGAAUUAGCUACUGUACCUUACCUCGUGGCCCAGAUCGUUCAUGCCGUAGUGACGGCAACCGGUUCUCUUCAGUCGACCGUCAUGCACAGACUUUCUUGAAAUCUUUCGGUGACAGAUCAAAUUCACUGACCCGAAUCAGUUCACUGCGACCCUUCUCAUUACCUGGCAAUGCAUCUUGAUAUGGCCGGAAUAUCCCACACUUUGGACAAACAUGGGCAGCAGCAUCUGCUGCAGUUUUGGGACACCCUGCGGGAAGAAGAACGACAGUCCCUUCUCCACCAGCUGGAACAUGUCGAUUUCCAGCACGUGGACAAGAUGUACCAGCAAACCAAAGACUCAGCUGGAAUUAUUGCUCAAUCUAUCGACAAAUUCAUGGAACCGGUGCCUUCGGAGUUAUACGGUGGAGUGAAGCGGAACACUGCGGAGGAGCUGAAAGACUUCCUCUCCAAAGGACUCCAUGCAGUGUCCAAUGGGGAAGUAGCUGUUAUUCUGCUGGCUGGUGGUCAAGGCACCCGACUUGGAGUUGAUUAUCCUAAAGGAAUGUAUAGUGUCGGACUUCCGUCUAACAAAACACUCUAUCAAAUCCAAGCCGAGCGUAUUUUAAGGCUCCAGGACUUGGCCAAAGAAUCCUAUGGGAAAUCUGGCAAAAUUCGUUGGUACAUUAUGACCAGUGAGCACACAAAGCAUGCCACAGAAACAUUCUUUUCCCAGCAUGAUUACUUUGGCCUUGACAAGAAAUCUGUAGUGAUUUUUGAACAAGAAAUGCUGCCUUGUUUUGAUUUCGACGGAAAGAUUAUUCUGGAAUCGCCCUCGAAGAUCGCCUCUGCACCCGGCGGCAAUGGUGGGCUGUAUCGAGCAUUGUUAAAGGAAAAAGUGUUGGACGAUAUGUCGCAAAAUGGGAUCAAAUAUGUGCAUGCUUGUGGUGUGGACAACAUUCUGGUACGGAUGGCCGAUCCUCAUUUCAUUGGCUACUGCAUAGCAAAAAAUUUGGAAUGUGGUAACAAGGUGGUCGCCAAAACUGAUCCUAAUGAAGCCGUCGGUGUGGUAUGCUUAGUGAGGAAAAAUGGCACAAAAGGCAUAUGGCAGGUGGUAGAGUAUAGUGAAAUUCUUCCGGAAACCGCACAACGUCGCCUUUCCGAUGGUUCUCUGAUGUUUAAUGCCGGCAACAUUGCCAACCAUUUCUUCACAACCGACUUUCUGAACGAUAUCUGUCGGCAGCAUGAUGAUGAUUUGCCUUACCAUAUCGCGAAGAAAAAAAUUCCUUACGUUGACUGCCAUGGCGCAACCAUUAAACCUGCUAAACCCAAUGGAAUCAAAAUGGAAAAGUUUAUCUUUGACGUGUUCCAGUUUGCCAACAGGUUCGCUGUAUGGGAACCAAUUCGUAGUGAUGAAUUUGCCCCACUGAAGAAUGCUGAUGGAGCUUCGGACGAUACUCCUACCACUGCACGUAACGCAGUGUUUGAUCUGCAUGCACGAUUCAUUUCCAGGGCAGGUGGAGAAUUCAUUCGCAAUGAAGGCGAACAAGUGGUUUGUGAGAUUUCUCCUUUGGUUUCAUACGGUGGAGAAGGCCUGGAAGAACGCGUGCGCGGCAAAACAUUCGAAAGUCCAUGUAUCAUUGACUGAUUCCCUUUGUAAUAAUCAUUGACGAUACAUGGAUGAUCUAUCCAUGUAUCGAUUUGUAAUGAUCGUGAAUAAUUCCCUUUGUAAUGCAGAUUAAAUUUUAUUUUUAUUUAAGAUUUAAAAUUUUUAUGCAGCUGAAAUUUUGCGUUUUAGACAUUUCAUAGCAUUGUGUCCGACUGGUGACCUCUAUAAUCUUCUGAUUUUUAUACCGGUAGAAGGUCGAGUUUUGAUAAAUGAAAAGAACCUUUGUGGGUAGUUGUGUAAAAGCGAAUGUGAGUUUCCCAUUAGGUGAUGUGAAAAGAUUAUUAAUGAAACGAGAUGAAC